AUGCGGUCCCUUUUUGCUCUACUUGACGAUACUAGCAAUGGAUUGUUGCUCAACGACGCUUGCGCCGGAAUAAGAGAAGAGAAGGUUAUUUCACUAGGCAAAGCUUUUUUGUCAGCACUCGCAGUGGCACAAGCUGAAGAUCUGGAAGUAGUUUGCUCAAGACUCUUGCCACAUAAGCUUAUUAUCAAUCGAACUCCGGGCUCCUUGACGGUCACCUGGGAAAUUCUAGUCGAACAUCUGUCUCCACCAACCUUGAUUGAAGGUUUGCCUUCCGAAGCCAUCGGUGCCGAAAGUAGUCCGUCAUCACGUCCGACUAGUCCAACUCAGCCAGCAACAGUAGAGACGCUUUGCGACCGGGACCUCUUCGCCACAUAUACUACGUUAGAAGAUCCAUCUCCGGUGCACAAUACGGCUGAGCCGACGGCAAGCGUCCACUUGGAGGCUGUGGAUUAUCGUCACGACUUGGAGAUGCAGGAAUAUGUCGAAAUGCCCCCAGCAAGCUGCAGCACAUCUCCAACAUUGCACAAAGACAACAUACCGAAUACGACACGUCAUAAGCCGGCUUGCGGUGCAUGUGAAUUGGCAAGCGAAACUCCACACGAAUCGCACACCACCUCCCCACCGUCUUCCCCUCGAGACCUUGACUCAAAUGAUUGUGCCUUGGACUCGUCGCAGAUUUCCCAACCUUAUGGUCGAAGUUCGUCACAGAUUGAAUCAGGAUGCUCACAAUCUCAUUUUCUAGCAGCCUUUACUGUAUUAACGUCUAUAUACAGUAGCCAUUCCGAGUACGCCCUUAAGCCCGAUGUUAUAAUAGAAAUUAUCAAACUCGGCGACUCGUUUCUAUGA